CUAAUCGAAAACUUUCAUAGGCGUAGUGUGGGACUCGGUGCUUGACUUACUAAUUAUAAUUCGUCAAAAUUAUUCAUUAUAAUAAAAGUAUGGUACGUGGAGUGCUUCGAGGCAGCAGGCCUAUGCGAGGCGGCAUUCGUCCGCCGUUUAAGAAAACAUUUGUACCCCGUCAUCCUUUUGAUUUAACUUUGACGGAAGUUGUAUUUCCUAAAGUCUCGCCGGUUGUGGAUGAUUCUGCUUUGACUGCGGCUUUACUGAAACGCAACCAAGACCUUAGUCCAAGUCCCACUGAGCAGGCAGCAAUUGGUAACUUGGUUACUAAAGUGCAGGUCGUGUUGGAUAAUUUAGUCGUUGCGCCCGGCGACUUCAAUACUUGUCAAUUAGAAGAGGUGCGCCAAGUUGGGUCAUUCAAAAAGGGCACCAUUCUCAGUGGCAACAAUGUAGCCGAUGUGGUAGUCAUUCUUAAAACCCUGCCUACGAAGGAGGCUUGCGAGGCACUGGCUAAGAAGGUGGAGGCGGAUCUAAAAACAAGCAUGAAAACUGAAGUGCUAGAUAAGGAGCAACAGCAUACCCUAGAAAUACACGAUAGGGGGUUCGAUGUAUCCAAUUCACAAGCCAGAGUUCGUAUUCUUAUUGCCACCUUACCACAGAAUUUACGAAAGCUGGAGCCAGAAAUUCAUAUGGACCAUAAGCUGAUGCAAAGUCAUUUAGCUGCCAUAAGGCACACUCGCUGGUUCGAGGAGAACGCUCACCAUUCUUCCAUAAAAGUCCUCAUCCGGAUUUUAAAGGAUCUAACAAAGCGAUUCGAUGCUUUUUCGCCUCUUUCAUCAUGGAUGCUUGAUUUAAUUGCCCACCUGGCAAUCAUGAACAACCCAUCUCGCCAAGCAUUGCCCAUCAAUUUGGCUUUUCGCCGUGUAUUUCAACUACUGUCUGCUGGGCUAUUUCUACCAGGCUCAGCGGGUAUAACUGAUCCAACUGAACCGGGCCAUAUACGGGUUCACACAGCAAUGACGCUGGAACAACAAGAUGUAUGCUGUUAUACGGCGCAGACGCUGCUGCGUGUUUUAGCGCACGGUGGAUACAAGCACAUUCUUGGAUUGGAAGGUAAUACGAGCAUUGUGCGUGAAAUGUCGGUUUGGAAUGGAGUCGUUGUGUCGCCGCUAAAGCCCGUUUAUGAAAAGCCGACAGACAAAAAGGAAGGUGAUCUUGAAGAAGACAUUGAGAUGAUUGAGAAUGAAAAUGAGGAUGUUGGAAGUGAUGAUGCAGCCGAAUAAUCUAGACAAUUAGAGUUUCAAUACCUAUAAUUAUAAAAUACAGCAAAAAUCAAUACAUUUUAUAUGCUC